AUGGAUUCGAAGCCCAAAGCCGACAACAUCAAGUCGAAACGCUCCAAUAGAAAGUUCACGGCCAAUGCAGACAGUUUCAUUUGCAAAGAAAAAGCAAAGACCGCCCAGAGAAAACUAUCAGUGAAAAGGCGUGGUCUAUACGUCGAGAGGAAUCCGGCAAAGUUAGAAAUUGAUGAAGUAUUUUUCAAGACGCCCUCUUCGAUGUCGAGCCAACGCGACAACUCCUCGUCCAUUUUGACGACUUCCAUAGUCGGUAAUCGGAAGAGCUUCACGCACGAAGUGAUCAAGACCAGGAGACGGGUUAGGAGGGCCCGACCAGUCGGCAAACUAGCGGGAACGAUCAUGGAGAAAAGUAAAGUCGACCUGCCCAAAGGCGAACAGAGGAGCAAGUCGAAAGCCUCAAAAGAAGACACAAAAGACGACGUUGUAUACGUAUUGCAGUCCAGGAGCGAUAAAGGAGGCCUCGCGCCAUCCGAUUCCUUCAGAAGCAAACGGAGCUCGGACUUCUACGACUCCACUGUCAGUCUCAAAUACAAACGCGACGAAGGGGUACGAAUGGGCAACAUCCCCAGCGGCAGCUUUGAGAGCGGCAUCGACAGGAUCGCCGCGGAGGUGUUGCAAGGCUGGAUGUCGAGGAAAGAGAAGGAAGAAGCAAAGCUCAGCGGAAAUCUCGAGAGUCCGACCUGCGUUGACAAAACGGACGGAUACUUGUAUAACCUUUCGCUCGAUUUAGCAGCAACAGCCGGAAGCAUCGCCGGGAACCUUCGCGAGUUCCCCUCGUGUUCUAAAGCCGUGAAACCAAUCGAUACCGUUCCGGACAGUGGCGUAAGGAAAAUAACCUUCGACUUAUCCGAACACUCAGACCUGUCCGAGCCGCGUUUCAACGUGUCGCGCAAAUUUCACAUCACCGAGAGCAACGCUCGUAAAUUCGACGAAGUGUCGGUACGCAAGCGCCGCAGAGGCGACAAAGUCAGGCCAGUUCCCAAGACGAACAGAUCGUCUCCGCAGACCCGAAGCUCCAGCUCCACCGACAAGGGUACGAGAAGGAACACCAAGAAGGAGUUCCUGGACAUCAUCAGGCGCGAGCUGGAGAUGUGCGAGGAGGAGGCUGAAGCACCGCGGAAUAUGUUUGAUGCCCUGAAGGUGGUGGCACGCAACAAACAGCUGACCAGAAGUUGGCCCCGCGCGGACCCAAGUGACACGGACUGCGAUCUCCAAUCGCCCAAGCUCAUACGCACCGUAAAGCGAUACUCGAACAGACUCAAGUCUAAAAGCGCCAACUGCCCAGCAGAUACCAAGGCAAAGACUCGGUGGCAUAAACGAAUGCUGUGGUCUCCU